AGUCCUCCACAUUAAAUUCAAGAGACAGUGUGAAUACCCCUAACAAUGUUGGUGAAGCAAAGGGAAACACAGAGAUUACUGCACUUCUUUCGGAAUUACGACAAAAAUACACUCAACAUUCAAACAUGGAAUGCUUCCCUCACAAUCCAACUAGAAGAGGAAACGAACAAUUUAUAGAGUUUGAUGAAGAGCCGGAGGAUACCCGAGUUGGAAACACCAAUUGGUGUACAUGUUCAAAAUGUCAUAUAAUGCCAACUUAUGUUGAGUCCAUCUGUUGCCAAGAAAUCCAAAAUGCUGAACCGUUCACUUUGGACUGUUCAUGUAUAACACUUCAUGAGUAUUUUAAUUUAUACUGCCAACGAGAAGACCUUUUGAAUAUAAAUUUACGUGCCCUUGGACAAGUUCGGACACCACCUGCGGAUAGAGAUCUCAACCGGAUACGGCGUAAGACGGCAUAUCGUUUUUUCACAACUUGGGUACAUGGAUACCUUGGUGUUGGAAACCGCAAACCUAUACCCUCUUGUGCAGUCUAUCUUAUCCGAAAUACCUUUCCAGAUCCAGAGGACCACUACAUGGGUUUCAAAGAAAGUUCUAAUUACCCUGCAGAGUUUUUAGCUUUGGAAUAA